GCCAAGAGAGACUGAGAGGCACAGAAAGCCGGGUGGGCACAGAGACCGAGGGGAGGGAAGGGAAGAAGUUAAGUAGCUGGUGCCAGAGGCAGAUUAAAAAAAGGAGGAGUUGGCUUUGAGGGGCCCAGCGCAGAAGCUCAAGGGAAGAUAAGUGAUGAUAAGGGACAGAGACAGAGGAGCUCAAGAGGUAGCAGGAGGAGCCCGUGGAUCUCAGAGGCCUUCCAGAGAAAACGUCUCUGCCUGCACUGAGUAAUCCCGCUGGCAGGUGUCCCCAGGGUCCCAGCUCUCCUCCUGGCCCUGCCAGCUGCCUGCUCCUUCCAGCCCUCCAGCUCCUCCAGCUCCUGUCCCCUGCCCACCCUUACCCAGGGCCCCGCAGAGGAGCAGGAGGCACAGGAAAAUGCUGCAGGUACCCAUGGCGGGCGGUGCAGGUGCCUGGGAGAAUGUGGUCUGCACCCAAGACAGAGCACCAGCGACUGAGCGGGACAGGAGAGAGCAGCAGACAGACACACCUGGGGAGAGAGUCCGGGGUGAACGUGACAGAAUUCAUUCCCCAGUCUGACUCACAGGCCGCUCCUCUGCUCUGCACCCUCUUCUCUGUCUCUCGCCCCCUCCCUGUCCUCGCCCGAGGGUCUUCUCUGUUCUGCAGUUUGUCUGGAAUUCAGCACCCUCCGCAGCUCCUGAGCUGCGUCUGUCGCCUUCCCUGCUGCUCCUCCUGUCCCCUCCCUGUGCUCUGGUCUCAAGCUGUCGUUUCUCUUCUCUGUUUUGUCUCCUCUGCGGCUUCCAAGGUCGUCCUCCCGAACAGCCUGGCCUACAUCUUAGUGUGGUGUUUGAGUGCGGGAGCAAAGACCCCACCCAGCCACCUCAUACCCCUACCCAUAACCCCCCACCCAGCUUCACUUACCUCUGCUCCCCCCAAGCCUCCACGUUCCCACCCCGUAACUAUCCUCCCCAGGUCUACCACCUUGGAGGAGAGAAUCAAUCAAGAAGCAGGGCUUGGCUGGAUGGAUGUUUCCUCUCAGGAGGACCAGACUAGUGAGGAAGGAAUGGGAACCCGUCUGAGGUGCUAUGACUGCGGGGGCGGCCCGGGAGGCUGCACUGAGGCCGUGACCACCUGCGGCGAGGGCGAGCGCUGUGGCUUCGUGGAUCGCAAGCCCCAGGCCAGCCUGGUGCAGAUCAAACUGCCGGGAAACCUGACCUUGAGACAGCACCAGCCAGCCUGUGUGGCAAUCCAUCGCUGCCAUCAAGUGGAAAUGGAGUCGGUGGGUGGCGUGACCUACACGACCCACAGGGACUGCUGCGUGGGAGACCUGUGCAACAGCGCCGCGGCAGUCACUGUGGCCCACGCGUGCAUCUUGGCUACAGCAGUCACUGCCCUGACCUGGCUUUUGCCAGGACUGUGGAGCGGGUAGCGGGCUCAGGGGCAGGGGAGGGAGCGAAGGAGCAGGCAAGCUCUGAGCAUCUAAGAUGAGGAGACAAGCAUGCCUC